UCUCUCUGCGCGUGCUGCUGCCAGUUCCGUGUCGGCCGCGAGUUUACCAGCCACGCACUGCCUGCACGCGCUCAAUCCACCGCCGGGCUGUAACGGUGUGACUCUCUCUGGCUUCCAGACCCCUCCUCCCCCGCUUCAGUCUCCAUUAACGGCCGAGCACAGAGCGAGGCGAGGGGAUACGUAACGGAUCACUCUCUCACCAAUGUCUUCGGCUCAGAGUUACAACUGCCUCAAAACUGAGGCAAUGAUGAAAUCACCGUGGCAACCCUGUGUGGGAGCACAGGCAGCACUGUGACUCUAGCUUGUGAUCUCCUGACCUCUGUGAGUCGAGAUGGCAACCCACCGGAAACACCUGGUCCGAGAUUUUAACCGUCACAUUACCUGCUCAAUUUGCCAUGGAUACCUGAUCAAGCCCACCGCUGUCACGGAAUGCCUGCACACUUUUUGUAAGAGUUGUAUCAUUCAGCACUUUGAGGAGAGUAAUGAGUGUCCAGAAUGUGGGAUACAGGUCCAUGAAACCAACCCUUUAGAGAUGCUGAGGCUAGAUAAAACCCUGGAGGAGAUCAUCUUCAAGCUGGUGCCUGGACUAAGAGAGAAGGAGGAACAACAGGAAAGUGAGUUUUGGAGAAAAAAUAAAAUCAAAGCAAAUGGAGAAGAUGGCCCAAGGGCUAAGAAAGCUCGCCUAAGUGAUGAAGAGGAUGAGGACGGGAAAGGUGGAGACUACCACAGGAGUGAUCCUCAGAUCGCUAUUUGUCUGGACUGUCUACGUAACAAUAGCCAAUCAGGAGAAAGCACUGUUAAGGGUUUAAUGAAGAAAUUCAUCCGUUGCUCCACCCGUGUUACGGUGGGAACCAUUAAGAAGUUCCUCUGUGUAAAAUUGAAGCUGCCAAGCUCUUAUGAGCUCGACGUUUUGUGUAACGGGGAGAUCAUGGGCAAAGACCACACCCUGGAAUUCAUCUAUCGCACUCGCUGGAGACUUCAGGGUGACAGCGCUUAUCCCAUGGUUCUCGAAUACCGUCCAAGGAUUGACUUUGGUUAAACAGCACUUACAGCUUUUGUGGAAAUCUCAUGCAGACUGAUGUCAAGAGAUGGACAAAAAGCAGAAAAACUGAAUGAUUGUGCCUCUGUUGAAAGUCAACAACACAAAGCUCCAUGACUGACAGGACUGCUCUCCUUCCUGUGUACUGCUUCAGCCUCUACUCCUCCAUUCCUCCCUCCUUCAUGUUCCUGUUUGACAGUUGUGGCUCCGCCCACUGGCACUGUAUCAAGUUUGAUGAUUAUAUUCCUCCAAAGCUUUCUCUGCAUGUUGUCUCUAUGACAACGCCUUAGCAUUCAGCGGCCCGUUGGGAUUAUCUGAUAGCAAUCUAGAAAUCACAGAAAGUAAGCUAAAACUCAUCGCAAAGCUGCGUCUUGGCCAGGUGACAGGAGAGAGAGAAAAUGGAGACGUUUUUAAAAUGAAGUCUCGCUAGGUAGAUUUUAGAAUGUUUUAUUAGGUGUUUUUAUCCAAGAUUUUGCACUAGAGUCAAAUCCAAAUGUCUCGCUAUAGUGUUCCUAAUCUAUCUUACCUUUUACACUCUCUCUCUUUACUUUUAUUUACUUUUCUUUCCUGCUCUAACCACCCACAUUGUCCCUCUCUCUCUCUCUCUCUCUCUCUCUCUCUCUCUCUCUCUCUCUCUCUUUCUUUUGCACACACACACACACACACUCACUUUCUCAGCCAAUUUCUAUCUUCCCUCAUACUCUCAUUUUUCUCCAAUGGUGUUUUUGGCUCUAGUCAGAAGUAUUGAUGGAUCUCAUUCAGAUGGAAUUGAAUGAGAGCGCUGUAGAUGUCCCAAAAUAACAGCACUGAAAGGCACUCUGGGUAAGCAUUUUUCCUUCACACUGUGAAGGCCAAGUCUUACAUUUAACCAAACCAGAUCAUUUUUUUAUAGAAAUGAUAUAAGAUUAACUGAUACCAGAUAUGCUUAAUGCAUUAAUUCAUUGAAAAUUCUCAUCUUUAAAAACAGCUGAAUGGGGAAUGACUGAAGGGUUCCAGCUGCAUCUAUCUAAGAGCCGCUUUGAACUCACAGUCUGUUAGCUGUAAACAUUCUGUUGUUUCCUGUUAAUCAGAAAUAUAUUUGAGACAUUCCAAUCAAAUCCACCUCAAUAGAUGUUUUAAUUUUAAAACCCAGAAUGUCAAUAAUGCACUUUUUACAGUGUGUUUUGAGUGUGAUGCGGCAAAAUAAUGCUAUACUGAUGCAACAAUGUUUGGUUAAACAUAAUUAAGUGGAAAACAUGCACUUUCUAAAAAUGUGUGAUGUCUGGAAAAACAACUGCACAAGGGACAUGCAAUAAUGCAUUUGUCUAUUUCCACAAAGUGGAAGAAAAGUUCAAAUCCAAUAUUUCUCAAUGUGUUCCUCUAUAUCAAGUCACGGACAUGGACUUUAAAAUUCAGUCAUCACGUUUUAAAUAUUUUAAAUAUUAAAGGUGUGUUUUGGAGCAUUAGUUCAGACAAGGUAAUAGGUUAGCUUUCUACAUUUGUUUAAAUGACAGUGUAAAUCUUUACUGUAUGUUUAGUGGCCUAGAAUCAUUUAAAAUCAUAAUUACAAGUAAAUGAUCGCCAAACUGAAAAAGUUGCCAAACCGAUUUCAUGCACAUUAAGGGGAAUUAAGGGUUCAAACCAUCUAGCUUUGCCAAUCCAGAUUAUAUUCCACAAAAAUGAUGUGAUGGUAAAGGAUUACAUGAAUCAUUACGUAAACCUUUGAUUUGGAUCAUCUCAGGGGGUGACGACAUGCGAAAUGAGGGUUUGUUCUGUGUUCUCCAGUUUUGGAAUCAAGGAAUCUUAACAAUGGGUGUUUGAAAUUAGAGUCGCUUCAGUGCUGUAAAUCAUUACAGUUAAUCUAAAGAUGAAUUUAGAAUGAGUCUGAAUUGCUCAGCAACACUGUUUUAAGUGGAUUGUACCUAUGUCUACCAAUAGUAAAAAUAUAUUUGUCCAAAUGUUUCUUAUGACAAGCUAAAACUUCAUGUUAUACCAACAUGAUCUAUUGUACUGAAUCUUAAAAAUCAUUUGCACUGUCUGUCAGUUCAGUGGAAUUCUUGACGUUGUUGUUUUGGACAAAGGCCACUGGCUGCUCUCCCAAAUCCAAUUUCCUCCCCACUAAGAAAACAUGCAAAUCAAAUAUGAAGUGUCUUUAAGCUCUGAUUAUAAAUACGAUGUAUUUUUGUAUGUUGACGCACUUAUGUAUAUUUGAACCUAUAAUCAAAAGAUUUUGUCAAUGCUUGUCUUUUUCCUAAUAGAUGAUGCUGCUUGGGGUAAUUAGGGCCCAAGCCUUGAAAAGGCGAAGGUCCUAUUGUUUUCCUUAGGAUUAUUUAUUCUUUUUUUUAUACGUCCCCCCGCCUGCUAUAUGUGUUCCUCUUGUAAAUGUUCGCACUGUACAUGAAAAGCUACCUAAUGCGGUUCUCAUUACAUAUUGUUAUUUAAUUAAUGAACAUUAAAAUAUGACAAAAAAUAGUGGGUUUUCUUCGACUGAAUUCUAGAAACAUUCGUUUUUUUCUGUAAACAUUCUGAAAGCUGCCUAAUAUACUUGCAUGACAGUAUAACUUGCCAUUAGAUCUUCUUAGAUUGAAGAAUUUUAGAAGUCUUUGCAUUAAAUACUAAUAUUAAAAUAGACUGAGGGCAGCAGACCUUAAAACAGAGAAGCUAAAACUUUGAAGUUGUUGAAAGCCAUUCUUUGAAACCACCGGUUCAAGUGUGAUGAUAUUAGUGUGUCUUUAAAUCUGACAAUGAAUAACAAAGACAUGGAAUGUGCCUUCUUUUAGACUGUUUCUAUGCACAGCUCCCUGUUUCUCUCUCUUUCUUUCUCCCCCUCUCAUGCAAAAGGAAGUGGAAUGUGACAUGCAUUCUUCUUUUAGUCCGUGCAUCACUUGUUCAGCUGUCUGUUUGCCCUGCCGUUCUCUCUCAAAA